AGAAUAAUGAGAAUUCCCUUUUUUGUUGUAUGCCGGCAUCAGUUCCACAUCAUUUCUUAAAUUAGGUCGCUAGAACGCGCUUCGCGGUGAAUACCUGUCUCUUACCAGUCUUAUUUUAACGCAACUUUAAGAUCGAUCUCUCGAGAAGCUUGAAAAAUGAAAGACAGGAAUACUAUUUACUUGGAAUUUAUUCCUCCACUUACGGGCGCGCUUUAAAAUGGCAGGUGUGUUCAUACAUAUCGCGUCAAUUUCAAUGGCUCACUUUCGUCGUUUCACAAUAGGAGUAGGUGUUAGCGAUGCUAUCUGACCAGGAAAAGAACGUUUCUUGUUAAUAAAAAUCGCUGUGCCAACGCAACACAUUCAGCUAAACUAAGUGAUGAAGUUUAUUUAGAAAAUAGUGACUUAGAUUCAAAUGUAAAUUAUACCGCAUGACGUGAGGGAAAGGUCGGAAAAAAAAUUGUCCCAGAAAGAUUCUCUUCCCGUUUGUACAUAUGACUUAAAAAGAUCGCUUGUACAAACUGAUAUUAGAUUCACUUGCUUUUAGAAUGGAUAUUCCAAGCCGGUUUCUGCCUCACAUGAUGUACUUCUUAGCAUAUUCUGUCUAGUAUUAGAACUCGGUGGUGUUUACUAGACCGCCGGAGACCGAGAUAUUUUAAAACGACUAAAAGUACGAACUAGUUACGAUGAGUAUAUCCGGCGGAAAAUCAAUUUCCACCAGUUGAAACUGACUCUAAGCGAAUUCCUGUUUUCUCCUUGGCUUCACCUAAGAGAUUUUCGCACCGUGUGGUAUGUGCGUGUUCGUCGUGCGAUUCGCCUUGCCUCUGUUUUAGCCGCUCUCACUGAAAGAAACAAAAUUGAGAUACCGUUGAUAAUGACGUUCAAGGCUUUUUCUAUCCGAUCCUUUCUUUCGGGCGGCUAUUACACAUGUACAGAGUAGACUCUGCGUGAUCUCGCAGAAAUUGUCAGACGUAAAAGUGGAUGCUUUUUCUUUGCAAUCGUUUCAGUCCUUAUGUAUAAAUAAUUUGUAGGGGUUUUUUAUUGAACAGUGGCCCGAGCAAUUAAUUCUGAAUAGAUUCCCACUAAAUUUACAAGAAAACAGAUCUCUUACAAUCUUUGACGUCACUUUCAAAUCUAAAAAAGCUUUUCUAUUCAUGAAUGAUGCCAAGCACGAGGACAAAUAAAGGUAUUUUUCGCCUUCUCAAAUUGUUGACGAAUGUUCCCUAAUGACCUCCAAGCCGCUAAUCUUCUCGAAAUAAACUAAAUUCCCAGGGGAACUUGUGUUCUGAGGGAAUUUUUUUUGUGUCAGAGUUGUUUUUUUUCUUUUUUUUGGCCUAGUAAAAAAAGCUCAAAAGAAACAAAAAUACAGGAAGUCAGUCAAGCUCUUAUAGCUGAAACAAGAAAUUUUGUCUAAUGUCUGUUUGUGAAUUGUGGGCGGGUUGUGGGUUGAUAAAAAACCUAUCAUGUCAUUGGUUAUAAUAACCUGUCACCCCUACCCCUCGUGCUGUUGCCAAGUGAUUGUGUUGUAUUGUUUUCUAAGCCAAUCAGAUCGUAUAAAUUAUGACUGAGACAUGAUAUCUACUUGUCGUAGGCAAAAUUUGGCUUCACUUCAUCGGAGAAUUCGCUGUCAUUGAUUUUCUUGAUCAGCUGAACUACAAAGUUUUCAUCGAUUCAAAACAUUUUACGACGAUUCAUCAUAACUGAAGAUAUGGAGCUGAAAAAUAACUGCCAAGUCCUUACGUUCGACCAGGUUAAUCGCCUUCACAGUGUCUUGAGCCAAACCGUCUUCAUCCACGGCCGAGGAAAUUUUCCUACGCUCGAAGUUCCCCUGAAAGACUUGAUAGAAACGGUGACAGCGGGCCUGAAGGACGAAGGAUUGAAAGUUCGAGACCUGAGAUUGAAUGGAAGUACUGCCAGUAAUAUUCUUAGCACCGAGAGCAACUGUGCCUACAAUGACAUUGACUUGAUCUUCGGAGUGGAGAUUCGCUCUAAUUCGCACUUACAACAGAUCAAGUGUGUCGUGUUGAACUCCCUUCUCAACUUUUUUCCCAUCGGAGUGUCGAAGGAUAGAAUGAAUAGCUGUACUUUGAAGGAAGCUUACGUACAAAAGAUGGUAAAAGUGUCGACUGACAACGAUCGGUGGUCGCUAAUUUCUCUCUGGAACAACGAGGGGAAAAAUGUCGAACUCAAGUUCGUCGACUCGAUGCGUAGGCAGUUUGAGUUCUCGGUGGAUUCGUUUCAGAUUAUUCUCGAUUCACUCUUUGGCUUCUACAAGCUGUCACCGGUGCCAAUGAAGCCGAAUUUCUUCCCCACCGUUGUUGCUGAGUCGGUUUACGGUGACAUUAAAGUUGCCCUUCAUCACUUAGACAACAAACUGAUAGCUACCCGUAACCCAGAGGAAAUACGAGGAGGCGGUCUUCUUAAGUACUGCAAUCUCUUGGUCCGGAAUUAUGUGCCAGAAAACUUCGAAGAGAUCAAGGUCCUAGAGAGAUACAUGUGCAGUCGUUUCUUCAUCGACUUCAACGAUCUUCAGCAGCAGCAGCAGAAGUUGCAGAGCUACUUAGCGAAUCAUUUCAUCGGAGACGAGCGAGGUCAAUAUGAAUAUUUGAUGGUUCUCUAUCAGAUUGUUGCUUCUUCGACGGUUUGCCUCAUGGGACACGAACGAAAACAAACCCUUCGACUUAUAGACUGUUUGGCCAAACAGCACAGCUUUGUGAGCUACAUGCCAGUGAUGAUGUACGGCCAUAACACUUACUCUUUGGUUCCUGGUAGUGGUUAUAUGGUGCCUGUGUCGGAGAGCAGCCAGAACUACAACCCGUAUCCGUACAACAACUUAGUUCCUUGUUUUUAACAAGCGAUUCAAGAAGGUCAGUGUAAUGAAAUGCCGAAACACGACAUCCCAUAGAAGACACUCGUCGCAUUCGUCAUUAUGUAUACCGAGCGUCGACAGCGCGGUUAUAUUUUUAUAGCGAGCGAUUGAAGUUGUUUCAUUUCAAACUCAUAACAUCAAAUACAUGUAGCUUUAGGUACAGUAGAGACUUGCCUAAUUUGUUUGUCAUUGUAUAAAUUUGUAAGGGAGUUUAUAAAUCUACUAGUUUGCCGUUAAACGAAAGCGAACAAAAAAAAUAUGUUCCUUAGCCCGAGAAUUAUGGUAACGUGUCCUUUGGAACGAUCAAAUGUAUCGGCUAGGUUUUCAUGCCAAAUAUGUAUCAUUUCGCAAUUCACAAAAGAAGUGUUGGAUUUGCUUUGAAAUAUGGACUGACAUACGACGACGAACAAUGCCGUGGACGCUUGCUGUGACGAGCUUUAUCACGUAAAUAGGCAGAGUAUAUAUAUGAACGUCGUACUUACGUUUCAUCCUAAAAUUAUAUAUGGUUGUGUUUGAAAUAAAUGAAAAAUAUAUUUUUUAGA